CACAAAAUAGUUGAGUGAGACUUCGCGCAAAGUGCGGUUUCGGUUCUCUUUGUAUUUACCGUCGUUAUAGAUUGAUUGUUUCCUUUGUUGUGGAAAAUGGCUGGCAAAGGUGAUGGGGAAGGAGAAGGGAAUAUCCUUAAAUUGGAAAAUCAAAUCGCCGUCAUCAAAUAUGUAAUGCUGUUUUUGAACGCGAUAGAAUGGAUGAUUGGUGCCAGUGUAUUCGGUCUUUGCCUUUGGCUGAAGUUCGAACCCGGAAUAGAAGAAUGGCUAAUUAAGUUGGAAGCAACGCAAUUCUACAUUGGGGUGUACAUUCUUAUUCUUGCUUCCAUCGUCAUCAUGGUCGUUUCCUUCGUAGGGUGUAUCAGCGCCCUGCAGGAAAGUUCACUUGCCCUUCUGAUAUAUAUCGGGACCCAAAUAUUGUGCUUUAUACUUGCCCUGGCCGGUACGACUGUGCUUUUGGAUAACAGCGCCAGAGAUUCCAGAUUUCAGCCAAGAAUCAAGGAAAGUAUGCGCCGCCUUAUCAUGAAUUCCCAUCACGUGGAAUCCCAGCAAACUCUGGCAAUCAUUCAGGAAAGUAUUGCCUGCUGUGGGGCUGACGGUCCGAGAGAUUACUUGACGCUACAACAGCCGCUGCCCUCCGAAUGCAGGGACACCGUCACGGGGAAUCCAUUCUUCCAUGGCUGCGUCGACGAGCUGACGUGGUUUUUCGAAAAGAAGUGUGCCUGGGUCGCCGGAUUGGCUAUGACAGUCUGCUUAUUUCACGUCAUAAAUAUUGUGUUGGCGACUAUCCUCAUGCAGGCACUGAAGAAGGAAGAGGAACAGGCCGAAACUUACAGGAAAUAGUCCUUGUAAUUGCAAAAAAUAUAUAAAUUGUGUGUAUUAAAGUAGUAUUAACGUUUUAUACAAAUUACCUACUCUUAAUUUUUUCCUACUUGCAAUUGCAUUCCUUCUAAAUGAUUUGUCAAAAACAAAAAAUCUGGAUUUCCUAAACUAGGUAUACUUAUAAAGCGAAUAGUACCUUCAUGUAUAUAACUAACAAUUAAAAGGUGAAAUCUGAAAAUCCCAUAUUUUAAUGCUAUAUUAUAGUUAAAUAGUACAUAUUAAUCUUAAUUAUGUAAUAUCUAUGACACUUCUGGUUGUAUCUAAAAAAGUUCAAUAUAUUUAUUUACAUUCAUAACACAGAAACAAGUAAAAUAUUUUAUAUCUGUGUGAUCGCCAAAAAUCUUCAUACCAUUUUCUACAAUGCUUUUUUUUCAUGUGUCGUAGAGCUGUUAUUUUAGUAUAUUAGUAUAUGUUAUGUCUCACAACCUAAGGUAUCAUAUUCCAUAUGUUUAUUUUAAGUUUUAUGAUAAUAAAAUGACAAUAUUUGUAAUCCGUUUUAUAAUGAUAAUAAAUAGGGUUUAAGAAA